AUGUCACGCUUGGCAUUUUCGAGUGCCGCCAUUCCGGGCGCGGCCCUUGCUGGCCGCUUCGAAGCAUUCCGCUCCUGGGAGGCUGUGGUCGCGGCAGCGGAAGCCGCAUUCAGCGGCGGCAAUCUCCAGGGCCGGCGGCUUGGCAUGCGCCUGUCCCGUGCUCUUCCCCCGAGUCACUUUUUCUUGAUGCGCCCCAUCCGCCCCCUUGCCCCCUCCCCAGCACUUUCUGAUCGUCUUUUCCUUGUGUUCAAUCGGCGGAUCGCGGUCGGGCGCUGGGCGCCCGUUGGCUUUCCGGCCCGGCGGCGCCGGCGGCGCUGCCGGUGA